AUGAGUAAACGGGAUAAUAAUAUGCAAAUGGAACACACAUUGACAUUAAAUAUACCAUUCGCAACAAGCAAACAAGCUGAUAUAGCAUGCCAAGUACUUAGACCAGAUCCCAUUUUAAGACCACAAGAUUUUCAAGUUAAGUAUACUUCAAAAGGAAAUGAACUAGUAAUGGAGUUUCAGAGUAUAGACGAUAGAGUUUUGAGAGUUGGCGUGAGUAGUGUUAUUGAUAGUGUUAAAACAAUUAUUGAAACAUUUGACGAAUUAGAGUAA